GAACAAAAAUGAAAAUAUUAUACAUUAUGUCCAAGAAACAUACACAAUGCAAUCAUACUUGAAAGAAAAUGAAAAUAUUUUAUUGAGUAAUCAAGAUAUAAGUCAAAGGACUCUACAGUUAAUUGGACAAAAUGUUGGUAGUAGUGUACAGAAUGGUCAAGAUACAAGAUCUGAUGCAUUAGAAUCAAUAAGACAACAUUUUGAUGCAGGUUUAUCAAAUUUUCAAGAAUCUAGUCAUUCAGUGGUCCAAUCUAGUGGUGUGCCCACUUUUACAGAAUUUGUCCACUCUACAAAUAUGUUCUUGAAUAGAUUGGGCAAAAAGUUAGAUGUACUUUUGGAACAUAUGAAACAUCCUCCUAGUACACAAUGUGUUUCGUUAGAUAAUUCUGUUUUAAGUAUGUUUCCAUUAAAAAGUAUUGAAGCCAUAAAAGGUAUUGAGGAAAACUUACAAAAUUAUGAAUAUAACAUUAAAAUAUUGGUGGAACAAGUUUACAAAACUUUAUCAAAAGAGUAUUUGCAAGACUAUUUACAAAUAAAUUAUCUUCUGUUAGUUCUUGGACAGGAUUUAAGAAUAAUUUUAGAUUAGAUAAUCUUUAAAUUAUGAUGAUAUUAAAACAAAUUGCUUAUGAAAAUUAUCAAAUGAAUGAUAGUAGUUUUGAGUAUCUCAUAAAAGAUUAGUUCCGUCAUGGAAUCCAAUGUUUGGCACGUGAAGUAAACACCAACCAGUGAAAUGUAAAUUUACCAAAAUAUUUUGUAAAUAG